AGGCAGGCUUCCGUCGUCAUUCGCUCCCCGCCUUCGAAACAGUCCAGCCAGCCAGCCCUGCUUGCUUCCUAAUUCCUGCGAUCAUUCCGUAACGACACUUCGAUCCUUUCCAUUUUCACACCAUGAGUAAUACCGACUUCCUAGGAAGGGCGAUUGACACCGUCAAAAAGGCCAUCGAGCACGACAAUGAGGGCGAAUACGAGAAGGCUUAUCAGCUGUACUACUCGGCGCUGGAGCUGUUCAUGCUGGCACUGAAAUGGGAGAAGAACCCCAAGUCCAAGGAAAUGAUCCGCGCAAAGGCGGGCGAGUACAUGGAUCGUGCGGAGAAACUCAAGAAUCACCUCGCUACUCUAGAUAAUCGAAAAAAGCCGAGUGCGGUGGGCGCUAACGGCAAGGUGGCGCAGGGGAGUGGGAAGGGAGGAAACCAGGACGAAGAUGGCGAGGACGCCGACUCGAAGAAGCUACGGUCCGCCCUUGCUGGGGCGAUCUUGUCGGAUAAACCCAACGUGCAGUGGGAGGAUGUUGCCGGUCUGGAGAGCGCAAAGGAGGCAUUGAAGGAAGCGGUCAUUCUACCUAUCAAGUUCCCACACCUCUUCACGGGGAAACGUCAACCGUGGAAGGGUAUCCUGCUGUAUGGGCCCCCGGGUACGGGAAAGUCCUAUCUCGCCAAGGCUGUUGCGACGGAGGCAAACAGCACUUUCUUCAGUGUCAGUAGUAGUGACUUGGUGUCGAAGUGGAUGGGUGAGAGUGAAAGACUUGUGAAGCAGCUCUUCAACAUGGCCCGAGAAAACAAGCCGGCGAUUAUCUUCAUUGACGAAGUCGACGCUCUCUGCGGUCCUCGUGGAGAAGGUGAAUCGGAGGCAUCUCGUCGUAUCAAGACGGAAUUGCUCGUUCAGAUGGACGGUGUCGGCAAGGACUCAAAGGGUGUUCUGAUCCUCGGCGCAACAAACAUUCCCUGGCAACUAGAUGCGGCCAUUCGUCGUCGAUUCCAACGUCGAGUCCACAUCAGUCUCCCCGAUAUCAACGCACGAAUGAAGAUGUUCAUGCUGGCGGUCGGCUCCACACCCUGCGAACUGACGCAAGCCGACUACCGAACCCUGGCAGAGAUGAGCGAAGGCUACUCCGGUAGCGAUAUCAGUAUUGCUGUCCAGGAUGCGCUGAUGCAACCCAUUCGCAAGAUUCAAACAGCAACACACUACAAGAAGGUCAUCCUCGACGGCGCCGAAAAGCUAACUCCCUGCUCACCAGGCGACCAAGGCGCAAUGGAAAUGUCAUGGACCACCGUAGAAGCCGACCAACUGCUGGAACCCCCGCUUGUCCUGAAAGACUUCAUCAAGGCGGUCCGCAACUCCCGACCAACUGUCAGUCAAGAAGACCUGCAACGAAACUCUGAAUGGACCAAGGAAUUCGGCAGCGAGGGUGCUUAAUCCCACCCUUCUUCCUACUCUUCACACAUCCAUUUUCUCUCCAUCUAGAAGAAGACAGACGAGUCCAUCCGUCCUCCCCUCGUUUCGUCUCAUUACGACCCGAUAGAAUCAACCAGGCUCCCAU